AUGUCCGACGACAGUGAAUGCAGUACGAGAGAGCGCGAGAACGCAAGAGACUUCUUUGACGGGAGAGGCGCGAACAUACAGUCUAUGGGCUCGAAGCGAGAGAGAGACAGUCGGGAGCCGAGGAGGAAGGCACGAGGAAAGAGGUAAAAGCCAUUUUCCUAUAUCUAUCAAAUAACGAAAUGAUAAGGAAAGCACAGUGUGACUACACUCCGGACUCAAUUCUCUGCAACUCAACCGAAUAAUGGGGCUGGGCAUGUGUGAGUGUAAGCUAUGCCACAGGCUGUAAAGACGAUCACAGGAAGAAAAAUCAGAGUCCAAAGUGGCCGUGUUUCUGCUAAAAACCCACAAAACUGAACCGAAAUUAGCCCCAUAUGUCUUGCUAGCAUAUAAACACAGACAGUGAUCCACACAUUAUAGCUUAUAAACACACUGAAUAUUGAUUCAGUUUCUGUAAAGGGAAACCUUGCAAAUUUACUUUGAAUCUUACAGAAAUGAAGAGAAAAGGGACCCUGUACAAUUUUUUCAAGAGGGCCAGACUACAAAAUGAAGUAGGACAUGAGGUGGAAGGAGAGAGAGAAGACGUUGAAGGAGAGAGAGACAAGCAUGAGGUGGAAGGUGAGAGAGAGGAUGAAGAAAAGGUGGAAGGAGAGAAAGAAGACGUUGAAGGAGAAAGAGACAAGCAUGAGGUGGAAGGCGAGAGAGAGGAUGAAGAAAAGGUGGAAGGAGAGAAAGAAGACGUUGAAGGAGAAAGAGACAAGCAUGAGGUGGAAGGCGAGAGAGAGGAUGAAGAAAAGGUGGAAGGAGAGAGAGACAAGCAUGAGGUGGAAGUAGAGGGUGAAGAUAAAGACGAACUGGCGGAAGAGAGAGGCGAGCAAAGAAAAUCUGACCAAGAUUACCAUAGACAGGAGGAGGUGGGAGAACAUGUGGAGGAAGGAGAGCACCACCAAAUAGAGAUGGCAAAGAGACAGGAAAGGGAAAGGACAGUGCCUGAGCCAUCACCAGCGACCUCUGGUAGAGCUGCUGGUCCACAUGGUAUGGAAAUUGUUUCUGCAUAAUUGACCAAGUUACAUAUGAAAAAGGACAAUUACAGAAAUUGACAUUUUGCUGUCAUUCGAUUUAACAGCUAUUGUUUAAACUUCUUCAAAUAAAUAUUCAUCUUUGCUUAAAUGUAAGUACUUGGGAAAUGUUUAAGUAUAGUCAGAUGGUAACAGAAUAUUAAUACUUUGUGUACAAUGUACUUUAGAUCUAUUGCUCAGUUUAAAUUCCAAAAAUCGAACAAUCCAAAAGUAUUCUCCCUGGCUAAAAUGUUCUAUGUAUGUGUGUUUACACAGUCUGAUGAAUAUAAUGAAUUGUUUUAAGUUGUUAUUUUGUUAAAUUAGUGCAGAUUCCGUAUAGUUGUGAACCUUCUCCCCUCCAUCUUCUAGAUUUAUCAAAGUCCAGAUGCGAACCGGCAACACAGCCAAAAAGGGAAAGUUUUCCAAGGACUCUCCAGGGAGGAGCCAGGAGAAGCUUCCGGAGUGAGUGGUACCAAGCUAACCCCUGGUUAGAGUACUCUCAGUCCAAGGACGCAGCAUACUGUUUUGCCUGUCGUCAUUUUUCCCUUCCAGACACUCCCAAGACUGUGUUUACUUCAUUUGAUGGAUAUCGAAAUUGGAAAAAAG